UCUCAUCCCUUCCCGUCAUGCAGCGCUCUUGCCUGCUCCUCCGUUGUGCCGCCAUGUUGUCGGAGUGAAAGCCUGGGGUGUCAGAGAGAAACUGGGGCCGAAAUCCGCGUCCAUCCUCCUUCUCCGCCGGCUGUGGUGGAAUGAGCAGUGUGUGUGUGUUGAAGAGGAAAGCAGUGCUCUGGCAGGAUUCAUUCAGCCCCCACCAUAGAACUACAUCUCCCAGCAUGCCCGUGGUGCUGAGCAGCGGAGGACAUGCCCCUCCAACUGGGCAGACCCCUCAGGCCACACCCCCCAGCCAGCAGAUCACAACAAUAGCAACUCAUAGCAUCAUCGGUAUGGCAACUGCUAAUCAUAAGGGUGUGGCGGGUGCUGGACGUUCCCAGGAUGAUGCCAUGGUAGACUAUUUCUUCCAGAGGCAGCACGGUGAACAGCCCGGCAAACAUCGCUGGCCCACUGGAGACAACAUCCAUGACAGCCAGGUGCGGUCCAUGGAUGAGCUGCACCACGACUUUCAGGCUCUGGCUCUGGAGGGACGCGCCAUGGGAGAGCAGCUGCUAACUGGUAAGAAGUUCUGGGAGGCGGAUGACUCUGGGAAGGAUGGACCAAAAGGGAUCUUUCUGGACCAGUGGAGGGACAGUGCAUGGGGUGCCUCAGAUCACUCCGUGUCUCAGCCAAUCAUGGUGUCCCGUCGGCCAGGGCAAGGUUUCCAUGGCGGUGGUGAAGUCGGGGUGGGCUCGGUGAUGUCACCACGCUCAGAGAGUGGAGGGCUGGGUGUGAGCAUGGUGGAGUACGUCCUGUCCUCCUCACCCGCUGAAAAACUGGACUCCUGUCUCCGAAAAGGACCUUAUGGGCAGAGGGAUGGAGAGGUGGAGGAGGAGAAGAGGGAGAAUCAAAAUGCAACAUUUGAAGGAGAGAAACUGAAAGAGUUGACAGAAGUUGAAGUGGAUGUCAUCAACGACGUCAUCAACCCCAAUGGGCUGCCUGUGCAGAAUGGCCUUGACGUCAACGUCAAAGAGUUUUGUCGUCCCCCAGGCAACAUGCCAGUCCCUGGUCCCGAGGGUGACUUGCUUGGAGGCCCCGGGGGUAUAGGGACUGAUGGCAUGACGGCCCUGGGAGGGGGUGGAGGCCCCAAACCUCCUGAGGACUUCUCAGGUGUGGAACAAGGUGGCGUCACCAUGGACCAAAUGGAGUCGGUGAUGGAGCCGCUUCAGUUUGACUACAACUCCCAAAUGCCCAUGGACUCUGCGCCCACCGUGGGCUUAUUCGAUUACGCCAACCAGCAGCAGCUGUUUCAGAGAAACAACGCCCUAGCAGUGCAGCAGUUAACAGCAGCCCAGCAACAGCAGUAUGCCUUGGCAGCAGCACAGCAGUCUCACAUUGGUCUGGCCCCAGCGUUUGUGCCCAAUCCUUACAUCAUCAGUGCGGCUCCACCAGGGACAGACCCCUACGCAGCCGGACUAGCAGCAGCAGCUACACUCGGUCCGGCAGUGAUGCCUCCACAGUACUACGGUGUGACACCCUGGGGGGUCUACCCUGCCAACCUUUUCCAACAGCAGGCUGCAGCAGCCAACAACUCGGCCAAUCAGCAGGCGGCAAACCAGGGCCAGCAGAACCAACAGCAGGUAAUGCGUGCUGGGGGAAACCAGCGACCUUUGACCCCCAGCCAAGGUCAACAGGGUCAGCAGAAUGACCAACUGGUAGCAGCAGCAGCAGUCAACUCAGCCCUUGCCUUUGGCCAGGGGUUAGCAGCUGGAGUCCCCGGCUACCCAGUCCUGGCCCCUGCAGCCUAUUAUGAUCAGACAGGGGCCCUUGUGGUCAACACUGGAGCUAGGAGCGGGCCUGUCCGCCUCAUGGCCCCUGCCUCUGUCAUCAUAUCUCCUUCCGCAGCACAAGCAGUUGCAGCAGCAGCAGCCUCCGCAGGUGGUGCCAACGGUGGUCUGGGUGGGUCAAACGGUCCAUUUCGUACCAUGCAGUCCCAGCAGCCUCAGCAGCAGGGUGGCCCUGGUGGCGCUCUGGGAGGAAGCUCCUUCUAUGGAUCUUCUUCCCUCAGCUCCUCCUCCCAGAGUUCCUCUCUUUUCUCACAAGGCUCUGGCCAGCCCGGACCAGGUUCUGCCUCCUUGGGCUUCAGCCAGCAAGCCUCGUCCUCCCUCGGUGCCUCACUGGGGGCCACGCUGGGAGGCUUUGGCACUGCAGGUAGGAAUCACCUUUCCCCACAAUCUACAGCUGGAGUCUAUCACAGUAUGGCUAACUCGAGUGGUGGCAGCGGUUCCAGGCGGGACUCCCUGACAGGCAACAAUGAGCUGUACAAGCGGACGCCCUCCAGCCUCACCCCGAUUGGCCAUGGAGGCUUCUAUAACGGCACCUUGGGCUUCAGUCCUUCCCCUGGCCCUGUUGGCAUGCCCCUCCCCAACCAGGGCCCCUCCCAUUCCCUCACACCCCCACCUUCCCUGUCCAAUCACAGCUCCUCGUCCAACCUCAACCUCGGAGGCCUGACCAAUGGCAGUGGACGUUUCAUCUCUGCAGCUCCAGGAGCAGAGGCCAAGUACCGCAGCGCCGCCAGCUCAGGCUCCUCCCUCUUUUCACCCAGCAGUCAGCUGUUCCCGUCGUCACGGCUACGCUACGGCAUGUCAGACGUGAUGCCAUCAGGCCGGAGCCGCCUGCUGGAGGACUUCAGGAACAACCGCUACCCCAACCUGCAGCUCAGAGACAUCGCUGGGCACAUCAUGGAGUUCAGCCAGGAUCAGCACGGCAGCAGGUUUAUCCAGUUGAAAUUGGAACGAGCCAGUUCAGCGGAGCGCCAGCUCGUCUUCAGUGAGAUACUGCAGGCGGCCUACCAGCUCAUGGUUGACGUCUUUGGAAAUUAUGUCAUCCAGAAGUUCUUUGAGUUCGGCAGCCUGGACCAGAAGCUGGCUCUGGCAGAGAGGAUCCGAGGUCAUGUGCUGUCUCUGGCCCUGCAGAUGUACGGCUGCAGGGUCAUUCAGAAAGCCCUCGAGUUCAUCCCCUCUGAUCAGCAGGUCAUUAGUGAGAUGGUGCGGGAGCUGGACGGCCAUGUGUUGAAGUGCGUGAAGGACCAGAACGGUAACCACGUGGUGCAGAAGUGUAUUGAGUGUGUCCAGCCUCACGCGCUGCACUUCAUCAUAGACGCCUUUAAGGGACAGGUCUUUGCCCUCUCCACUCACCCUUAUGGCUGCCGAGUCAUCCAGCGCAUUCUCGAACACUGCCUUCCUGAACAGACGCUGCCUAUACUGGAGGAGCUCCAUCAACACACAGAGCAGCUGGUGCAGGACCAGUAUGGCAACUAUGUGAUCCAGCACGUUUUGGAGCACGGCCGAGCUGAGGAUAAGAGCAAGAUAGUGGCUGAGAUCAGAGGAAAUGUCUUGGGACUCAGCCAGCACAAGUUUGCCAGUAAUGUGGUGGAGAAGUGUGUGACUCAUGCGUCACGGGCAGAAAGAGCAGUGCUGAUAGACGAGGUGUGCAGCCUGACUGAGGGCCCCCACAGUUCCUUAUACACUAUGAUGAAGGACCAGUACGCCAACUACGUGGUGCAGAAGAUGAUCGACGUGGCCGAGCCCACCCAGCGCAAGAUCGUAAUGCACAAGAUCCGGCCUCACAUUUCCACCCUGAGGAAGUACACGUAUGGAAAACACAUCCUGGCCAAGCUGGAGAAGUACUACAUGAAGAACGGCGUUGACCUGGGUCCUCUCUGUGGCCCUCCAAAUGGCAUCAUGUAAAACCGACUUCCCCCCACCCACCCCCCACCUCCCUCCCCUCACCCCCCACCUCCGGCCUGAAGUCAUGUCUGCCACUUCACCUUCUCCCCCCCCCCCCCCCCCCCCCCCCCCCCCCCCCGCCUCACCCUCCUUAAAAGCUGUCAUGUCUGCCAGCUCCACCCUUCUGACCCGUCAGAGGGCACCAUGCCCACUUUCUCCCCUCCAAAUCCUGUUCACAGAGGACGUCGAGUACCCCUCUUACCCUUGUUUCCAUGACAACCCUUGGGAGGAGCCUGUUGCUACAGGCAGCCUUAGUUUUGUCAGAUUGAGUUGCCCCUCCCCCACCUGAGCCCAGGCCCACUGAACUGGGGGAAGGAGGGCAGGGAGUGGAGAGAGAGGUGAGGCCUGUUCCGCUCAUCGCUCCACUCUCUCCUAUUUUUGUGUUUUUUUCCUUUUUAUUUCCUCUUUUCUGAUAAACUCAAAAAAUCAUUUCACUUUUUGCUACUGCUGCACACACAAUCCUAGUGUCCCCCUCCUCCUCCCAUCCUAGCUAUUUACCACUAUGAGAUGGAAUGAGUAUUUAAUUUGUCAGACGUCACAGAAUCAUAGACGAAUACACGCACAUGCCAUCAGCUAACCAGCAGACAGAUCAUUUAGCAUGGGAGAUUCGUUUUCUGGUCUUGCUUCUAUAAAUAUAACGUGUAUACUUGGUGUAGACCUUUGCAUAUAUAUAUAAAUAUAUAUAUAAAACUUUGUAGUUUUUCUGGUUUUUGAUGUUGAAUCUGUAUCUAUAAUGUAUCCUAGUAGUGACCACAUACUUCUGACUGUAUAAUUGUACAUUUGUAAACCCUUGUAAUGUAAAAGUGCUUUACCACCCUUUUUGGUAUGAGAAGAAAAAAGAGAAAAGCUCACUCUGGAAAAAAAAUCUUAGAAAAAAAACCCUGUGCAUUUCAGUGUAUAUUCUCACCUCCUUGGUUGUGACAUAUGAGUUGUUGUAUAUUGUAAAUUGUAAUAUCAAAUUUUUGUUUUGAAAAGCCCUUUCUAUACAGCGUAGUACUUGUACAAAGAUUCGCCACGCUUGGUUUUAUCUUUAUCUUGUCACUGCUUAACUUAAAACGUUGAUCGCCCACUGACUCCCUGUUGGACACGUUCUGUUAGACUUAGUGGUGUCUUCUGGUUUAUGUUGAAGGUUUUUUGUUUUUGACCUUUUUUUAAGAUCUUUUUAUAGGAAUGCUUUACCCCAUGAAAUGUGUCAUGUGUAUGGGUAUGCUGGCUGGAUGGGAGAAAUAACUUUUACUCAUUUAACCCCCAAACCCCUCUAUUACCCGUGACUUUUCAGUGGGGUAAACCCGUGGAUUGUACAGAGGAGAUUCUUGUGUUUUUUUGGCAUUUCUCUAGUGCUGUAAGUGCUGUAUCAUACUGUCCAUGUCCUUUUGGGUGAGAAAGGCAGCCCGCCACAGCGCGGUGUACAUUUGGAGCAGCCUUGUGUAUAUUUACUACGAGCACACCUGUAACCAUAUGUGUAUAGUUAACAGAACCUGUGUAUGCUUAUUGCCUGGGCAACUAUUUUUUGUAACUCCUGUUGUAGAUUGUCUCUAAACAAUUGUGUGAUCUUUAUUUUGAAACCAAACUGAACAAAAAAAUCUUUGAAAAUUUAACAGUCUUAAGUGUGCUUUAUUGUAUGUUUGUUACUCACACAGGGUGGAGGGAGGGAGCAGACAAACUGCUCAUUUUAAGUGUCUGUUAUAAAAGAGGAUCGGGAUCUGUGCCAUAGUUUCUAUUCCAGCCAUCUGAGUGAAUGUGUUUGCACUGAUAAGACCGCAACACACAGCGUGAGUCAGAGUACUUGCUCCAGUUUCUUCAUAAAUGUGACUGAUUAAUAAGGCUGGCAUCUUAGCAUGGCAACUAGCAAUGUAAGUACUAAAAUAAUUCUACUUUUGACAUGAGCAAUGACCCCGACAAGAGAUUAGGCGUGAGGUAGAGCACAGAGAGAAUGUAUGCCAGUAUCUCAUGGCUCGGAGUAGAGGUAGCUUGGCAUGCAAUAUAAUGAGUUUCUUUAGGAAUAUGUCAUAGUAAACAACACCAAUAAAUUGUGUGAGAGACCAACAUAGUCACACUACAAGGCAAGCUACAAAAACCCAGAACGGAUGCAGUAUCGCUUCUUUUAUCUCUUGUUGUAUAUGUUUAGGUGUGUGCGGAUCCCAGGAAGAGAAGCUGCCACCUUAGUGACAGCUAAUGGGGAUCAAAUCAAAGAAUUACCUGACUACACUCGGGGUGGGGCAGGGUGUCUAUGAAAACACACCAUCCCUCUUGCGGUCUUCCAAUUGUAUCUUCUAAAGAGAAAUGAGGUCAAAAAUAAUCCUGCCUUUACUUGUCCAGUUUUUGUUUGGAGUAUAUAUGGAAACAGCCAGGAUGUUACUUUGAAAAACAAGUCAGGUUGGGUGUGAUGUUGGCAGUGAUCCCAUGGCGUUGUUGAUUUCUUAAAGUGGAUAAUAAUAAUUAACCCUGAGGAAGUGAGGGUGCAUUACCUGCAGUGAUUUUAAACCCUGGAAAUUAAGGUUGUGUGUUCUUUAUGGAUUACCAACCAGCUAAAAGUUUUCCAACUACCCCUGACCCUCAGACCCAAAGACCUGUAUUUAUUGUUUGUCAGUUUGUUGUAAUUUCAUUCAUUUCAAAGCUGUUUGGGAAUACAAAACCUCAAGAUGGGUUUAAUACUAGAUACAGAAAUCAUUUAGUUGUUUUUUGACGAAAUAGUUUUUUGCAAGGUCCAAUUCUAGCUUUUUUUUUUAAAUUGAAUUUGAAAACAAAACUAAGAUAUCCGCCGUAGAGUCGAGAAUAACUUUCAAGUUUAUUUUACAAAGCAGUUUUAGUGUGUCAGUUGUUGAAUAAGCUAACAUGUCAAUCAAUAUAUAUAUAUAUAUAUUUGAUUGGUAUUACCCUUUUCAAUGACAGAUUGUGCCUUUAAACAAUGAUUAAAUGCUAUUGUUCUGCCUUGUAACUGUCCUUGAGUAGUAGGGAAUUAUUGUUCAAAUGGCACAGUGUAACUGUACAGGGUUUAUUCACUCACCUCAUAAAAACUCUUUUUGCCAAGUCCUUUCUGAGAAACCACAUAAUCAUAAAUGCCCUCAUGACAUCAUGAAGGUGGGCGGUCCCGCAGCAAACACAAAGUUGACUCUGCUGCCAUGAGGAGAGGAAAGCUUUUUGUGGUUCAUAACAUAGCUAAUACAUUGUACAAAACUUUGAUACAAAUGUGAAUAGUAUGUACUAUUGCAAGAAAACCAUUAAAAAAAAUAUGUUUCUAA